AUGCUGCCUGAUAAUACUACCGUCGCCUACCCAAACGAGGAAUGGAAUUCUUGGAAUGCUAGCGACCCUACGAUGGACCCUGCGACACACUUCAUUAAAGUUGCUGCCAAUCGCCUUGGGCCCGAUGGGAACUUUUAUGUUCUCGACAACGGAUACACGGACACGUACGGCCCAAAGCUUGUUUCUUUCAACCUGACUACAAACGAGCUUGCCAACACAUGGCUGUUGGAAAACAUGACUACCAGCGGCUCUCAGUGGGACGACUUUCGCUUCAAUGGUGAUAUGGUUUACUUUACCGACUUGAGUGCUGCUAUUGGCAUCCUCGAUCUGACUACCGGGUCCACGCGUCGUGUGCUGGAAAAUGACAUAUCCACCACGUCCUACUUUCCCAUGUCUGCCGUGGGCAACCUUAUGUCGCUGGACGGAAGCUAUAGCUUCACCAACUCAGACCAGCUCGAGGUCUCGGCCGAUGGCACCUACUUUUAUUAUCAGCCCUGCAACGGCAAUCUCUGGCGUAUUGCUACAUCUCUCCUUGACGCGGCGCUGUACAACGACACUGCUGCCGACGCCCUGUCCGCCAACGCCGAGCCCUACGCUCCUACACCGUCUACUGGUGGAACAGCUAUCGACGCCGAUGGUACUGUUUACUCCAGUGACGCGAAUCGCAAUGCUAUCUUGAGAAUCUUCUCGAAUGGAACUAUGGAUACCCUGGUCCAGGACGACCGACUACUUUGGGUAGAUGCGAUGUGGGUUGACUCACAGAACCGUCUCUGGAUGCCAGCAACUCAGCUGUUCCUGGGCUCAACCUGGAAUGACGGCGUUGAUGCCUAUAAGCCGCCUUUCAAUGUUUUCACAAUCGAUAUUGGUGUUGGCCCUUCGCCGCUGGACCACGCGUAG